AUGCUUCAAGUUCCAGUGCGGGAACACACCAACAUGGCCUCCACCAAGGCCAUCAUCUUGGUCGGUGGCCCUUCGAGAGGAACUCGUUUUAGGCCAUUGUCUCUGGAUGUGCCCAAGCCUCUGUUCGAAGUCGCCGGCCACCCCAUCAUCCACCACUGCCUCAAAGCUCUUGCGAAGGUCCCCGAUCUCCGAGAAGUCAUCCUGGUCGGUUAUUAUGACGAGAGCGUUUUCCGGGAUUUCAUCAAAGACUCCGUCAAGGAAUUCCCCCAGUUCAGAAUCCAGUACUUGCGUGAGUACACAUCUUUGGGUACAGCAGGAGGUCUGUACCACUUCCGCGAUGCCAUCCUCAAGGGCAAGCCGGAGCGCAUCUUCGUCCUGAACGCUGAUGUCUGCUGCUCUUUCCCGCUGGGCGAGAUGCUGAAGCUGUUCGAGGAGAAGGAUGCGGAGGCCGUCAUUCUGGGAACACGGGUAAACAACGACGCAGCCACCAACUUUGGCUGCAUUGUUUCCGAUUCGCACACCCGGCGUGUGCUGCACUACGUUGAGAAGCCCGAGUCUCACAUUUCCAACCUCAUCAAUUGCGGUGUUUACCUCUUCGCGACCGAGUGCAUCUUCCCCUCCAUCCGCAGUGCUAUCAAGCGACGCACCACCCGGCCCCGUCUUGUUUCUUACCCUUCGUCCGAGAACCUCGACACAACUUUUAUCGCGGCCGAUGAUGAAGACGGGGAGAAGAAUGAGGUGCUCCGUCUCGAGCAGGACAUCCUGUCCGACCUGGCCGACAGCAACCGCUUCUUCGUCCACGAGACUAAGGACUUUUGGCGACAGAUCAAGACCGCUGGAUCGGCCGUCCCUGCCAAUGCCUUGUACCUGCAGAAGGCGUUCCAGGCGCAAAGUGACGAACUCAUUGCUCCCUCCGCCACCAUUGUGCCCCCCGUCUACAUCCACCCUACUGCAACUGUUGACCCGACCGCGAAGCUGGGCCCCAACGUCUCCAUCGGUCCCCGUGUGGUUGUGGGCGCUGGCGCUCGUGUUAAGGACUCUAUCGUGCUCGAGGAUGCCGAGAUCAAGCACGAUGCGUGCGUGUUGCACGCUAUUAUUGGAUGGAGCAGCCGUGUUGGCGCCUGGGCCCGUGUCGAGGGUACCCCGAUCCCGAUGGGCAGCCACUCGACUAGCAUCGUCAAGCAUGGCAUCAAGGUGCAGAGCAUCACCAUCUUGGGUAAGGAGUGUGUUGUCGGGGAUGAAGUGCGAGUACAGAACUGUGUUUGCUUGCCGUUCAAGGAGCUCAAGAGGGAUGUGGCCAACGAGGUAAUUAUGUAG